AUGCCGGCCCGGGUGGUCCCGCAGAGGCAGCGCCUCCACACCUGCUCCCGGGACCCCAACAGCCAGCAGCGGGGGAGAGGAGCCGGCCCUGAUGCCUGCCCACCCAGACGUGUUCCCUCCAUCAAUCUGACCAGCUGCAAGUACGAGAGCGUGCGGCGGGCAGCACAGUGCUGCGGGCUGAAAGAAGCGGGAGAAAACGAGGAGUGGACAGUGUAUUGGACGGACUACUCGGUCUCUCUGGAGCGCGUCAUGGAAAUGAAGCGGUUUCAGAAAAUCAACCAUUUUCCAGGCAUGAUAGAGAUCUGCCGUAAGGACUUGUUGGCUCGCAACCUUAACCGCAUGCUCAGGCUCUUCCCCAAGGAGUACAAUAUAUUUCCCCGCACUUGGUGCCUGCCAGCUGACUAUGGAGAUUUCCAGGCCUACAGACGUGCGAGAAAAAACAGAACAUUCAUCUGCAAGCCAGACAGCAGCUGCCAAGGGAGAGGUAUCUUCAUAACACGUAAUCCAGAGGAGAUCAAACAUGGAGAGCGUAUGAUCUGUCAGCAGUAUAUCUCUAAGGAUGAUAUCUGCAUGCAUUUGACUAAUUAUGCCAUCAACAAACGUAAUGAAAACUUCGUCCAGGAUGACACGAUGGGCAGUAAAAGGAAACUGUCCACCCUGAAUGCCUGGAUGACAGAUAACAGCUACAACACAACAAAACUCUGGGAAGAUAUCGAAGAUAUUAUUAUAAAGACUCUUAUUUCAGCUCACCCUGUUGUGAAGCACAAUUACCAAAGUUGCUUUCCGAACCACACUACUGGCUGUGCCUGCUUUGAGAUACUGGGUUUUGAUAUUUUGCUAGACAGAAAGUUGAAGCCGUGGCUGCUAGAGGUGAACCACUCUCCCAGCUUCACCACAGACUCUCGCCUAGACUGUGAGGUGAAGGAUGCUCUUCUCUGUGAUACCAUCAACCUGAUAAACGUGCAUGCCUGUAACAAAAGGAAGGUGCUGGAGGAAGACAAACAGCGGGCAAAGGAACGGCUCCUCCAGGCCCAUCAGCCUCUCCGUGCAUCCAGACGCGAGGAGUUAGAGAGCAACCAGGCUGCCUGGCUGUCUGAAGCAGAGAAGUACGAGAACUCGCACCUGGGUGGUUACCGGCGCAUUUAUCCGGCAUGUGGAACAGACAAGUAUGAGCCAUUUUUCAAUCAGAGUGGCUCCCUCUUCCAGGAAACGGUGUCAUCCAAAGCACGAGAGGAGUGUGCCAGGCAGCAACUGGAGGAAAUUCGCCUGAAAAAAGAACAGUUGGAAGCUGUUACCAGGAAGAAGAAAACGGAGAGGAAAGAAGACCUGCAUGGAGAGUCAGCUGGGGACAAAUCCCAGAUCCAUAAUAAAACCACAGCUCCUACAACCCGCCUCACCUAUAGAAGCAGCAGGAUGUGGGAUAGAAAGGUACAGCGCAUGCAGUACGACUCUAUGCAACCCCAGGAUAUUGUGGAAGAUGAGGAGAAGAAAAGAAGAAAUGCUCUUCUGCAGCGUGAGAACCUUAUCCGAGGCCUGGGCAUCAUAGAUCAGCUCUCCCAGCUGCUCCCCGCAACCGAUAGACCAGCCGACACCCAGAGAUCCUGCACCGUUAUCUCCAAGAGCCAGCCGCAGUUUCUCUGGGAGGCGCUUGGGGGCCAGGAGGCCCACCGCUUAAUGACACUCAUCCCCCUUUCGCUCCUGGGAGGUCCAGUCCGGCCUUCAGGACGGCGGUUCAUACACAACCCCAGAGCCAACGCUAAGCUGCCGGCCAGCCUGGGCUUGGAUCCUGCCACCGCAGGCACCCUCUCGGUUCGAGGCCUGAGCAUCCCUUACUGUGAGCAGCACAAGGUGCGGCAGGGCCCCGGGGCGCAGGGCAGGGGCUGGUUGCGUGGCCAGGCAGCGGGGACGGCAGCGGUUACCCAGCCCUGCACCGAACCCAAGGGGCUGCAGGUGAGAGGCCAGCGGCUCCCUGGCACCAGAAACAAGGCUGAAGGCUGUGAAGCUGGCAGGCUGUCCUUCCGCGCAGGCAGCUGUCACCCGGGGUCCCCAGCCAGCACGGGGAAGGCCACAGGCGAUGGCACCUUCAGCCCUGCUGCAGUCCGGGAACUCCCCAUCGCCUCCGCCGUCCACGUGCAGCACACACAUGCCACGCACCAUGCCAGUGCCUCGCACGCUCGCAGCGUGAAAAGCACAGGCCCGGGGCCGGUUGUCGGUGUCCCCUGA